AUCUGCCUGCAUAUGUUACGCAUGUCUGGGUCAAGAAUAGGUGAGCCAGUAUAAUUAUUAUAUCGACGCGCUGGGUCGGCCAAGUUUUUUGAAAUAUUUCUGCAGUUUACUAAAGAUAAAGUGUUUUGCUAUGUGUUUCGUUCAGUUUUUUCUUGAAGUGUAUGUGAUAGUCAAUGGAUACUGUUCAUGUUGGGUAGAAAUGACAACUUUAGCACGCUGGAGGGCAGCACAGCUUGGAGAAACUGAAAAACAUAAAAAACGUAGACCUUACCUAGCUUCAGAAUGCAAGAGUUUGUAUGCAUGUGAAAAAUGGAGAAUGCAGAUCAUCAGAGAAAUUGCUAAAAAAGUUGCUCAGAUUCAAAAUGCAGGUCUUGGUGAAUUCAGGAUACGAGAUCUCAAUGAUGAAAUCAAUAAACUUCUUAGAGAAAAGAGGCACUGGGAAGACCAGAUAAAAGAAUUAGGAGGACCAGAUUAUCAAAGGGUUGGGCCUCGAAUGUUAGAUCAUGAAGGAAAAGAAGUUCCUGGAAAUAGAGGUUACAAGUAUUUUGGAGCUGCUAAAGAAUUACCAGGAGUUCGGGAGCUUUUCGAACAAGAGCCUCCACCACCCCCGAGGAAGACGAGAGCAGAUAUGAUGAAAGACAUCGAUGCCGACUAUUAUGGGUACAUGGACGAUGAUGAUGGCAUCCUUAUUCCACUGGAAAUGAAAGCUGAAAAAUUAGCUUGUCAAGAUGCCAUACAAGAAUGGAAAGAAAAGAAAGAAAUGAGAACGACUAACCAAAUAGAAGAUGAACAGGAAGCAGACGAAGAAAAUAUUUAUGAUGUUGCCGAGUCCGAUGAUGAUGGCGAUGAUCUCAUCAAAACUGUCUUGGAUGGUUCACAGCAAAGAUUUGUUGCGCAUGUACCAGUACCAUCGCAGCAAGAUAUUGAGCUAGCACUAUUGAGGAAGAGGAAACAGGAGUUAUUAGAAAAAUACGGAGUAACAGAGAACCCAUAAUAAGCACCAACCAGAAUGACAUUUUCUUGAGCAGUCUAGGUAGACUAUCUCUGUGGCGUCAAAAUGCAGAUUUCAACAAUGAAAUGAAGAAAAAUAACAACUGAACGUGAUAUCGCUAUUUUUUCGUUAAUUAUAAAAAGAAUGGUAUAAUUAUCUAUUUUCCAUAAAUUUUUUGAUAAUUUUAUCCACGCAUGAGAAAAAAUUCGUUAACUCAGGGGUCUUUCAAAUACUCUAACUGCUAAAGAGGAGUAGUUGACAUAUGCCUUCCUUCAAUUAUUGAUUUUGCACAAAAUUAGCUAUUUAUUAGGCAGAUAUCCCAAUAUUUUGAGGGUAUGUAUAAUUCAUUUUUAUUGAGUUGUUCGAGAUGUGAAACGGUUAUUUUAUUGAACUGAACUGACGUUAAUAUAAACAUUCAAAAAAAAUAUCUGGGGAACUAUCUCACUCUUGGUCUCUAGAAUCAAUAUGAAUCGGCCAUUUUCUCGGUUUCUUCAGUAUUACAGCGAUAUUUCUCUUUACUGAAUUUUAUCGGACUUGCUCUACCAAUACAGAAGCCGAAUUGACCCGCACGUAACCAACCUUCCUCGUUUUUCAGCGUUAAAAUUUUGGACGUUAUAACGUCAAUUAUGUUGGACGCCAAAAUGAGGAAUGCGCAGUAUGCACAACUCUCGCAAGCCGCUCAUUUAUUGUCUCAAUCAUGGAAUUCUCAUACGAACAACUGGCUAUACUUUACAAAUCUUAUUUUAGGUACGCUUUAUUGUAAUUAAUUUGAUUCAUACUGAUGAGUUUAUUGAAAAUUGAUAUUUUUGAAGAUGGCAAGGACCAUACCGGGUGUUACGAAUCUAUUAGACGAGUCAUAACUUCUACAACAUUUGGUAUAAGUAAAUGGAAUCUGAAGAAGAAAGGUCUUGCACAUUCUUCACUUUCUGGUCGAUUCCGGUUUCACCGGAAAUUGCUCCGGGUUUGAAUUUCUAAAUAGAACACCCAUAAUGCAUAUAAUAUUGAAGUUAUUUUCAUCAAGUUUUCUAUGGAAAGCAAAACACACUUAGCUAAUGAUAGUGACAAACCUUAUGAGCAAACAGUUGAAGUUCCUUAACUUUAUUCGAUGAUUAAAGUCAUUAAAAAAAUGAGCUAGGCGUAUAAACUUUCAAAAUUUCACAUUCUGAUUCAGAAUAUCAGGAUUCCAAAAUUGUAACAAUACACAGGGUGUUGUAUUCAAAACUGAAAAACUGGAUCCUCUGCCAACCAGAAGUGACCGGAAAGUGAAAUAUAUGCAAAAACUUACCCCUUCACAUACCAUUCACCUAAACCGAAUAUCAUUUAGAUACACAAAUGGCGUAGUAAAAAUUUUGAUGCGAUUGAAUUGUGAGGUACUUCUGAAAUAUGCUGCAUGCACGUUAUUGGAAUUAUUCAAAGCUUUCUUUCAAUCUGUAUCAUUUAGGUAACUAAACAAUACGUAUUUCCACUCUCAAUCUGAGAUAAACAGGGUGAUUUUUGUAGACCACACAUUAAACCUUCAUUGCGUUAUUCAAUAAAAAUAAAAAAUGGCCCAUCAUGCCCAGUGAUCUUUUGCUUUUUCAAGCACCAAUACCACAUAUCACCUAACUACCUAGAUACGAAAGCUUUGAUGCCGCCUUUGAUGUUCAAUGGAUACAAUUUCGUUAAGUACCUCAUUGAUGUAUCGAACACAGUAAAACAAGAACAAUUUCGUGUUGAAGCCGUAGAAAAAUUUUUGAUUUCAAUGAAGUACGGAAAAGUUCACUUUUCCGCACUCAUUUUAGUGUUAAGAUUUUUUCCUCACUAGUGCGGAAAAGUGACUCUUUCAACACUCCAUUGAGUGCGGGAAGAAGGAUUUUGGUUUUUUUACGCACAGUACAAAAAUAGUUCAUCCAAUACGUGCAGAAAAGUAUUACUUUCCGCGCUUAUUAGGUCAACUUUUAUAUUCGUAUGAAGUUUGUCAUGUCAUCCAUAUAGAGAUCGUAUAAUGUAUCAAUUAUUUCGAUGAUUUAUGCACCCAAACAAGGAUCAGCUCAAUCUCUGAGAAUUACUAGAAUCAUUAUUAUACCUAUACCUACUACAGUUCAAAUGUGAUGUAAUACAUUCUGUUUUUCAUCAUCAGAGAAGAAAAGUACCCCCCCCCACUCCAAAACCCGAACAUUUUUUUUCUCAGGAACGAGCUAUUGAGACAGGAUGCGAUUUGGUGCAAAAUAUUACACUUUCCCCAUGACCUGAACAAUUUGUUCUAUCAGAAACGAGCUCUUGAGACAGGAUGCGAUUUGGUGGAAAGUGUUGAGGAAAUCAAGGCGUAUCAGCCUCCACAAUUUCAAUUUAAUAUAAUAUCGGCAUCACAGACAAAAAGUACACCCACCCCAAAAUCUAAACAAUUUUUGUCUCAGAAACGAGCUCUUGAUACAGAAUGCGAUCUGAUGGAGAAUAUUGAGGAAAGCAAGUCGUAUCAACCCCCACAAGUACAAUUUCCUUAAAUAUCGGCAUUGAGAAAUAGUACCCCCACCCCAAAAUCUGAACAAUUUUUAUUCUCAGAAACGAGCUCCUGAGACAGUAUGCGAUUUGGUGGAAAAUGCCGAGGAAAGAAGGCGUAUUACCUCCCACAAUUCUCAUUUCAUAAAAUUACGACAUGAUCGAGAAAAAGUAACCCAACCAUAUAAUAAUCUGAACAAUUUUUUUUUCUCAGAAACGAGCUGUUGAGAUAUAAUGCGAUUUGGCGAAGAAUGUUCACCCUCAAUCGGAGAAAUAAAAAAAUAUAGUUUUUAUACAUCUUUAUUUGAAAAAAUACAAAUAAAAUGGAAGCAGUUCGCAAACAAUAGAUUGAAUUGGUCUGAACACAUCAAAACAAAUCAGG